AUGAGUGCUUUAAAGGGUUUACAAGAUUUGGAUCUUUCAAGAAACAAUCUUUCUGGGAUGAUCCCAGGUUUCUUGGGGAACCUUGAUCUUGAAAGGUUGAAUCUAUCAUUCAAUAAGCUGCAAGGAGAGGUCCCAACAAUGGGUGUUUUCAAGAACAAAUCUUUAGUUUCUGUUGAUGGGAACAAACUCUGUGGAGGGAUUCCUGAGCUGAAUCUUCCUCCUUGUUCACACAUUAGAAAGAAUUCAACUUUGUUUAAGAUCUUGAUCCUGACUGUGGUUGUUGGGGGCGUAGGCCUCGCGUUGUUGAUCAUAUUCAUUGCUUGGAAGCAAAGGAAAUCGCGUAGGAAUGUGACUUCUGCAACCCCUUUCACUGGCAUUGAGAUAAUGAGGCUUUCCUACAAGGAUCUCAUGAAAGCAACUGAAGGGUUUUCUGAGGCUAAUAUGGUUGGAUUUGGGAGAUUCGGAGGAGCCUCGAAGAGCUUCUUUGCAGAAUGCAAUUCUUUGAAGAAUGUGAGGCAUAGGAAUGUGUUGAAGAUAUUGAGUGUGUGUGAGAGCAUAGACUUCCAAGGGAAUGAAUUCAAAGCAUUAGUUUAUGAGUUUAAGGCCAAUGGGAGUCUAGAGAAGUGGUUGCAUCAAAGUGGGAAUCUUGAGUUGAUCCAAAGGCUUAAUAUUGUGAUUGAUAUAGCUCAAGCAAUUGAGUAUCUUCAUAUUGGUAGGGGGGGUUCAUGUGUGGUUCAUGGAGAUUUGAAGCCUAGUAACAUACUUUUGGAUGAAGAUAUGGUUGCAUAUGUUGGUGAUUUUGGAUUGGCAAAAAUUAUUUCGGAUUUGGUUUCGACAUCGCAUGAAAGUAGCUCGGUUACGAUUGCAGGUACCAAAGGGUAUGUUGCUCUAGAGUAUGCAACCAACAACUUGAUUUCCACUCAAGGAGAUAUAUAUAGUUAUGGAAUUCUAGUCUUGGAGAUGUUCACAAACAAAAGACCAACAGACGAGGUGUUUGAGGAAGAUGCAAAUCUUCAUAGUUUUGUUAGUGAUGUGUUGUCAAAUCACACCACUAUUACUAUUGAGGAAAUUCAGCGGCGCGAAGCCGUAGGAGGACGACGAUUCUUUGCAGGACAAGUUGUCGGAGCUGACCUCGGCGACAAUGUUGAUGAAAUCAUCGAGGCUGAGGCCGCGGAAGCGCUCCUCGUCGUCGUCGAGGAGGCGGAGGAUUUGGGAGAAGAAAGCGGGCUCGCAGAGGAGAACAAGGCCGCCGGCGGUUUGGAAGCCGAAUUCCUCCUCCGCCUGGUCGAGGAGGGCGACGAUCCAGACGGUGGUAUCGUGGCGGAGGGCGGCGGAGGAGACGGCGAGCGGCGAGGCCGCGGCGGAGAAGACGGUGGGAGAGGUGGUGAAGGGCGGUGGAUUUAG